GAAGUGACGCUAGUGAGUUCCGGUUGGCCGGAGCUCCGCGGCGGGUGUGUGAGACGGUCAGGAGCCGCUUCAAGGAUCCUGAGAUCCGGAGAAGCCGGGGUCAGAGCGGGUAGUUCCUCAAGAGUUAUUGAUCUAUGAAAUGGCAGAGAAUGGAAAAAAUUGUGACCAGAGACGUGUAGCAAUGAACAAGGAACAAUAUAAUGGAAGCUUCACAGACCCCUCUUCAGUGAAUGAAAAGAAGAGGAGGGAUCGGGAAGAAAGACAGAAUAUUGUACUAUGGAGACAGCCACUCAUUACCUUGCAGUAUUUUUCUCUGGAAAUCCUAGUAAUCUUGAAGGAUUGGACCUCAAAAUUAUGGCAUCGUCAAAGCAUUGUGCUGUCUUUUUUACUGCUGCUUGCUGUGCUUAUAGCUACGUAUUAUGUUGAAGGAGCACAUCAACAGUAUGUGCAACGUAUAGAGAAACAGAUUCUUUUGUAUGCCUACUGGAUAGGCUUAGGGAUUUUGUCUUCUGUUGGACUUGGAACAGGGCUGCACACCUUUCUGCUUUAUCUGGGUCCACAUAUAGCUUCAGUUACAUUAGCUGCUUAUGAAUGCAAUUCAGUUAAUUUUCCUGAACCACCCUACCCUGAUCAGAUUAUUUGUCCAGAUGAAGAGGGCAUUGAAGGAGCCAUUUCUUUGUGGAGCAUCAUCUCAAAAGUUAGGAUUGAGGCCUGUAUGUGGGGUAUCGGUACAGCAAUUGGAGAGCUGCCUCCGUAUUUCAUGGCCAGAGCAGCUCGCCUCUCAGGUGCUGAACCAGAUGAUGAAGAUUAUCAGGAAUUUGAAGAGAUGCUGGAACAUGCAGAGACUGCACAAGACUUUGUCUCCCGGGCUAAACUGGCAGUUCAAAACUUAGUACAGAAAGUUGGAUUUUUUGGAAUUUUGGCCUGUGCUUCAAUUCCAAAUCCUCUAUUUGAUCUGGCUGGAAUAACAUGUGGACACUUUCUUGUACCCUUUUGGACUUUCUUUGGUGCAACCCUGAUUGGAAAAGCAAUAAUUAAAAUGCAUAUCCAGAAAAUCUUCGUUGUAAUAACAUUCAGCAAACACAUAGUGGAACAGAUGGUGGCUUUCAUUGGUGCUGUCCCGGGCAUAGGUCCAUCUCUACAGAAGCCGUUCCAGGAGUACCUGGAAGCCCAGCGGCAGAAGCUCCACCACAGAAGCGAGCUGGGCACACCACAGGGAGAAAACUGGUUGUCCUGGGUGUUUGAGAAGUUGGUCGUUGUAAUGGUGUGUUACUUCAUCCUGUCCAUCAUUAACUCCAUGGCACAAAGCUAUGCCAAACGAAUCCAACAGCGGUUGAAUUCAGAGGAGAAAACUAAAUAAGCAGAAGAGGUUCUAAGGGCAGAUAUUAGAACAGAUGGGUUCUACCUUAAAUUGGGAGGACUCCAAACCAGGAAGGAAAUGUCCCUUUUCCAACCUGUAUUGAUUUAAUUUUUUGUUUUUCCAAAAGGAGUUUAGUCCAUACUUUGCACUACAUACUUUUUCUUUGUGUGUUAAGGUAAGGUAUCCACCCUCAAUUCAAUCCAAGUUGUAUUUUAUUGGGGUGGAAUGUGAUGUUCAGCAGCAAAUUUAACAGAAACUGGCCUUCUAAUUCUUUACUUUCAAAAGGUCCAUGUGGUACAACUAAAGAAUUCCAGACACCAAAAAAAUAGUUCCUAAGUAUGUUCAGUAUGUCAAGCUUUUAGGCUUGUCAUAAAUGACUGCUUUGUUUUUCUAAGUCAUCAAAAUGUAUAUAAAUUACACUAGAUUGGAUAACAGUCUUGCAUGUCUACCAUGGUAAAAUUAAACAUGCCAUCCUGCCCAGCCCUUCCUCUUCCACCUUUAAAAAACUGUUUUAUGAUGCAUUGCACACCCUCUUGGGAAAGUGAUCUUUAAAUUUUGAGACAGUAUAAGGAAAAUCUUGUUGGUGUCUCACAAAUGAGAUAACACCAUUUUUUAUUCUGUAUAUUUAGAAUGAAGUUAUGAGAAAACUUUAUAAAAGACAUCUUUGAUCAUUCCAGAAUUGUGUCCGUUUUCUUGAGCGUUCUGGUUUAUGUAUGUAACCUGAUUUUCUUGCCUUUCUUAAGUAAGCGUUUUGUUCUUACAUGGCUUUCCUUGGAUGUUUCUGGUUGAACGUGGUCAUUUAGUUUUGCUGAGAGGAAAAUAAACAAUUUCACUUUUUUCCUUUAGGAAAAUUGGUACUGACAUUAUGUUGAGGGUAGAAUUGGGUUUAAAUCUCAACAGACCAGAAAUGCCUGAUUUGUUUUAUCAAAUCCUGCCUGAAUGUGUGCUUGUUUUGCCUCCCGUCGUGACAUCUUCAUGGCUGUACCACCUUGUCGGGUAGCUUAUCAGACUGAUGUUGACUGUUGAAUCUCAUGGCAACAGCAGUCGAUGGGCUGUCUGACAUUUUGGUAUCUUUCAUCUGACCAUCCAUGUCAAAUGUUCCCAUUCAAACAUUACAUGGUUUAUGAUAAAUAGCUUCAUGGUUUAUGAUCAAAUAAAGCCUCUGGUCCUUAAGUCUAACGGCACUUCGAAUCUUUUAUGCCAUGGUAUUGCAGUAGUAUUGAGAGGAUUUUAUGGGAAAUUGAGAUAGUUCUCUUGACUACAGUUAAAUAAAGGACAAGCAACCCACCUUGUAGAUUUUGAAAAGGUUAUUAACAUCUUAACAAUUUUUUUUUCCUGCCCAGGAACUAUCUGGCAGUGUGACUGUUACCUUACUUGAAAAGUAGUACCCAAAUGCUUAAAGUAGAUUCACGCUAACCAGCAUGACUUACAGAUCUUCAGGGUCAGCAUAAGUUUCUAAAUCAGCCUCCAAUUGUGUUUCAUCUCCUUUACCUGCAUCUUAUUUGUUGUUUGAAGAAAAGAGGAAGGCAGAUAUGAAUUGGACUCAUAUCAAGUCUUUGGGAUUUAUUGGUAAAUUUAUUUCAGGGGAGGGUAUUGGAAAAAUAAAACUUUUGUUCCUUA